UAAGUCAGCUGCCGUUUCCGUGUUUAUGCCCCACUCGAACCGAGCCUGCGGCACAGCCUGAUCGCGGAGUGCCAUGCGGAUUCGCUUCUCAGGGAGGACGCUGACGUUUGUGGCACUUUCCGCGCUUCUCGUCUUCUCCGCGCACGUGCUGCUCGGCAAAGAUGAGCCGAAGCCCCGUCCGCUUCCACCUGAGGACUUCCGCCUCUUGUCGCCCCAAACCUACGACUACGUGCUCAACCAGCCCGACUCCUGCCGACCCCGGAGCCCCUUCCUGGUGCUCAUGGUCCCGGUGGCCCCGGAGCAGAGGCGGUUCCGGGACGCCAUCAGGAGGACCUGGGGCGCCGCAGGUGAGCGCACCUUGACGCGCUUCUACAUGGGCGCGCCUGAGGGGGGCCUGGACGGGAGCGCGCAGCUCGAGCUGGAGCGCGAGAGUCGGCAGCACGGUGACGUCAUCCAGAUGACCUUUGUGGACAGCUACAGGAACCUGACCAUCAAGACUCUGAUGAUGAUGAACUGGCUGAGCGUCCACUGUCCCGACGCCUCCUUCGCCAUGAAGGUGGACUCGGACAUCUUUGUCAACGUGCCCUACCUCCUGCGGCGGCUGCAGAGGUCGCCCACCCUGGCCUUCAUCACCGGCUCCGUCAUCAGCGACGGCACGCCGCGGCGGGACCCCGGCAGCAAGUGGCAUCUGUCAGAGGACGAGUACCCGGAGGACAGCUUUCCUCCGUAUGUCUCCGGCGCCGGAUAUGUCUUUUCUCUGGACCUGGCUCGCCACAUAUCCUCGGCCUCCAGAUUCGUCCGCAUGAUCCCUAUGGAGGAUGUGUAUGUGGGCCUGUGCCUGCGGGUCCUGGGGGUUCAGCCCGUCUACUCCCGGACCUUCCUGCCGCCGAGGAACCUGUUUGAGAUCCGGAAGCUGCACUACGACCGGUGCACAUUCGCCAGGCGGAUCAUCGUGAACGGGUUCGGCCCGGCGGAGCUGCUGCGAGUGUGGCCGGACUUUUCUCAGGGUCACGCCGACUGUUCUUGGAUUUAGGGUGAGAGGACCUCAGGGAGCAAACCCUCGAGCUCAGAGGAAGGUUCUGGAGCGACUGACCCCAGACCUGGACAGGAAAGAGUGAUCAAGCCACCAUGUCUUCCUGACCCAGCCGACCACUCCUGCCGUCCACUUGACCUGCUGCUGACCUCUCCAAGACUGAAGCCAGAAACAAAACCAAAGAAACAAAGCCAUCCAAAACGUCAAAGACGAGAGGUUUCACAGGAAUAUUUACGUUUUCAAAAAUGUGUAUCUGAGAUGCAUGUUUCAAAACGUUCAGUUGACCGCGUAAAUGUUUUGUCUCUUUAGAAAAUGCUUCAUUUGUCCCAUCAGUUUUGAAAUAUGACUAUUUAUAUACAGAAAUUAGUUAUUUAUUUACAGAUUAAAUACUGCUGAACAUGUAAGGAAUUACUGUUAAACUACUGUUAAAAAGUACCUUUUAAGAUAAUCUUGACAUGACAAACUAAUAGUGCAAAAUAUGAACUUCAUUCAUUGAGCUAAUGAGUUAUAAUACAUUUUUAUUUUGAAGAAAUAUGUAAUAUUGUUUAUCUUCAAGCAUUUAAUGUAUAUUUUCCAAAAGGAAUAUUUAAACUAUUAAAAAUUUAUGCGGAUGGAAGAUUAAUUCAUUUAAAAAAAUGAAAAAAAGUAUUUAAAAAAUAUAUUUAAAAAGCUUGAAGUCAAACUACAAUAUUUCUUGAAAAUGAAUACAUAUAAUAUAUAUAUAUAUAUAUUUUUAAUAAAUAAAAUAAAUAAAUUUAAAUUUGAAAAAAAAAAAAUUGAAUAUUAAUUUAUUUUGCAGUGAAAAAACGAUGUAGAUCCCGCUAAUGAUCUCUCAAGUGGACAGAAAAGCACAGAACAAAAUAACCCUCAGAUGAAGGUGUUUAUAAGGCUGUUGCCAUGGUGAUGUUGGCUUGGACAGCACAGUCAAUUCAGCAUGCACUCUGUACCGUGCAACUGUAAGUGUCCACUUUCUUUAUUAUUCCAUAAGUCAUUUAGGAUUAUGACUUGGAUUUAAUCCAUUUUGCUGUUGCAGCGAUCUCAGCGGAAACAAAGGUCGCUUUCCCUCGCAGGUAAACGAAUGAAUGGACUGGUGUGGGAUUCAUGAACCGAACGCGUCUUGCAGCGCUGGGAUCUGCCUCUCUGACCUUUGACCUUUGACUGUCUGACAUUGCUGCUCUCCGAUCCAAAAUGCUGGGACCCAAACACAAACAAGACCGAGCGCUGUGUUCCGUGUCCGUGCCUGCUGCGUCAUGACUCCUCGGCCUCCUCCUGUAUUGUGUACGUCACUAGACUCCACUUCCUGUUUACCUCGCAAGUGCCUGCGCGUUGUAGUUGUUGGUAUUAACCGGUAGGUGGCGCUGUGCACCCGCUUACCACAGCUGGAAAACGACAAUCAAUGGUUUUUAUAUUUAUUUGAGGGUUUGUUGGAAAGGUUUCAACCUCGUUCCAAGUCUGUUUGUCUUACAGCAAAUAAAACUGUAGCUGCUGACAAACAGAGGGUUGUUUCUUUGCCCCCUUCUACUUCAUUUAGGUUGAAGCACUGGGUGGAACAGCUGACUCUGGCGGAGGGUCAGUGACCAUGGCAGCGCUCAGCGGGGAACGAAAGGCUUUUGAGUCAGAAUCAGAAUCAGAAUUUAAUUUAUUGCCAUGGUCAGAGGGGAGGCCACCAACUAGGACAGUGUUUUGGAAUAAAGUGCUGACAAUAAAUAUAAAAUAAAGUAAACAACAAAGACUGUUUACUUGUUAUUAUUAAUUAUUACUCUUCUGUUUUUAUUUUUAUUUUUUAUUUUCGAGUCACGACGACUUGACUGUGAAGGCUGGAUACACGAUUCGCUGCUCACCACGUGGGAAGCUGAAUUUCUGCUGGUCAUAUGAACUCAAUUUCACAUCGCCUUUGUUAGCAAUUUUUCAAUUAGGGUCAAUGAAAGCAGACGGGGAACAUGCACGACAGGAGGACACGGACACGCACAGCUGAAGCAGCGAACAUACAUUUGUGUUCCCUUCACCCUCCUGUCGAACGUUUCCUCAGACAUUGCUGCUGAACAGUGAGUUUGAUCUUCUGUUCCAGGGCCGGUGAAUUGGACUUCUUAAGGGGUACGGAGCCAAAUCACAGUAGUACAGGAAAAUACUUUCAAAUUGUGAAACGCAAAUAUUUAACAUGAUGAUCACAAUUUAAAUAUAUUUAAAAAUAGGGAACAUAUUACACUACACCUUUGCCUAACAUGUUAUUUGAUAUAUAUUUAGUUUCUUUUUAAGUACAUUAUAUUUAAAGAUUUUCAUUGUAUAUUGUAAAUAUUUUAAAAUCAUUUGUUUUGAGGGACAACAAACGUGUGUUACUCGUUUAAAUGAUAUGAUUUUAGAAGAAAUAAGAUGGGAAAAUGAAAAUAACUUGAUGAAUAAAUGACCUCAUGCUGUAUUUCGAACAGAAAUAUUUCUGAUGUAGUUUUAUUCCGAUGUCACGAGGCCCCAGAGAUCCAGGCCAAGG